AUGGCUCAGCAUCAAGACUUUCAAAGAAAAGGAGGUGCUGAUCCUGAUCAUCAGAUGUCAAGAAAUCAUGCCCCUCCUCCUCUAAGUAUUGAAGUGCCUAAAAUGAGUGAUCUUCCAAACAAUUUAGAACCUUGGAGUGAUGUCCAGCUCCCUGUUGACAUUCUUUUGUUGACAGUCAAAGACUGCGAGUUUUUAGCUUGUUAUACUUUCUUGAAAAAUUCUGUUAAAAGUUAUCACCAGACCCUGGGAUGUGUGUACUUUGGAACCAUGGGUGAAAGUAGAGAGGAGACACUAAAAGUUGCUUUGAUGAGAUGUCAUGAAGGCUGUUCUGUGCCAGGUGGCUCUCUAGUCACUGUUAAGAAUGCAGUGCAGGAACUGAGACCCAAGGCUGCUUUCUUAGUAGGCUUUUGCAUGGGAUUAAACCCGCAAGCCACCAAACUAGGGGAUGUAGUGUUAUCCUCCAAACUUUUAACUGAAGAAUUUGCAACUCCAGUAAGAAGAAAUAUCGGCAACCUUAACUUGUUUGCAGUAGAAGGCUGGAAGCCACCAUUACAAGAUCCAGUAGGUGCACAUGAAGAAACUGAAGUACAGGUACACCGUGACAGUGUCAUAUUAUGUGGUAGUCAAUUAUUCAUCACCAAACAAUGCCGUAUGUCUCAAUCUCAUGUGGUUGCAGUUGAAAGGGAAGGGAAAGGUAAGAUUAUAUGCAUAUUACAGAACUAUAUUAAUUUUAACAAUUUGAUGUAGCAUUCAGUUUGAGGUCUAUAGAACUCUAAAUUGUCCCUCGGCAACAGUAUGUGACCAUGGCAGUACCACAGUACCGUCGCAGGGAGGGGGGGGCUACUUUAGGAAUUUGUGGGUGGUGAUGUGCCGCUGGGACCCUGGAACCCUUAACCUACACCAGGGCUAGUUCAGCUGUAUUUUGCUACCCUAUACUAAAGUAAACUCCUCAAAUCCCCCUAUCCUAGAGUAGCUGUUUUCCAGAAACUACUGAGGUCACUAGCGCAGUCUAGCCAAAACAAAACCUUAUAUCACAAUCCCUAGUCUAGAUAAAAUCUUUAACCAACUGAUCAGUUUCCUGAAAAAUGAUACCCUAUUCUAGACCCGAACACUCUGAUUUAUAUACCCUAUCCUAGAGUAAACUGCUUGAAAACCAUACCCUUCACAAUGGCACAUACCUAUAUAGUCCAUAUAUGGCAGUAUACCCCCCUCUGCCGGGAGUACCAUAUACUGUUUGACCAUGGUGAUGGGACCAACAGACCAGGUUAUUCUGGGGAUAGUUUACAAUGAUUAUUACUGUGCAAGCUGGGAACAGAAAUUAUUAAGCUUAAAAUAUUAUAAAUUUUAGUCACUACACUUCAGAGAAAUAUUUUGAGCUUUUACCUCUUUGAGAUUCUUGUAUACAGUGGAUUGAAUAAGGAUCAUUGUCAUAUUGUAUGAUUUUUUUUUUCUUUUCACUUACAGGCCUAUUUGCUGCAGCCCAUGAUAUGAACAUUGAAUGGGUGAUUGUUAAAGGGAUAUCACAUUUUUCUGAUGAUAGCAACACUCCUGAUGAUUCCUGGAAGUCAUUUGCUUCUAUCAUGGCAGCUUCUGUUGUGUCUAACAUGUUAAAUAAUCCUGUUGUUUUUAAAGAAUGGCCUCACUACGAAGGUAUGUCACAUCCCACCCUGUACUAGUUAUUGAUUAUUAAUUAGUGAUGAAUUUUCUGUUCAGAUAUUUUUAUGUAGACUGGUUCAAUAAUUAUUAUCCUUGGUUCACAUUUUUGUCUGUUUCAAACUCAAAUCAAACAUUAAUAUUAAAAUACCAAAUAACAAAGGCCAAAAGAAAAAUUUGUUUUUAGGGCUUUUCAAAUUUACAAUACUUUUUUUCAUUACAGACUUGACAACAAGGAAUCAGCCAGAGACAACCACAAAGCCAGACAAACAGAUACCAGGUAACUAUCCUGUCAGUGAAAUUACACUAUAUCCAGGAGUUUUUCCAGAUUAAAAUGAUUGAACCCUGGUUUCAGUAGAAAUAAUUCUAAUCUUUUGAUGUAGUUGUUUGUCGCAUCUAGAGCACAGGUUCUCUUCUUAUUGUGAGAGAUGUCUUUGCCAAGAGAGCAGUCUAUUUUAAUUUGCCUGGUGUUUUAUAACCCAUUUUUCUUUCAUGGAAAUUUUGCUGAAAAAUGCUGUUGGAAGCUCAUUUUUUAUCCAUUUUCUGGUCCCUAUCUAGCCAAAAAGAUCAGCCAAAAUUUUCUAAAAUGCUGUAAGUUCUACACUACCUUUUGUUCCUUAUGCUAAAAUAAAGUUAAUGUAAGUGUUGGUUUGAAAAUUGACACAGCGCCCCCUCAACUUUUCCCUGUUUCUUUCUCUCCUCCCUACUAAUUCUAUCACUUUCCCUGCCCCAUUUUUGCCUUAUCUUGGGGAUUUACUAGGCUUCUUUCAGGUGAGACUACCCUGGGUGCCAGAGACUUUCCUAGCGCGGUUUCCGGUUUCUGUCAAGUCUUUAUAGUGACCCGCGUUUUUCUCGUGGCUUCGCUGCUCGUGGCUUCGGCCUACGAAGAAAAUUCCCGCCGCACGCGAGAAAAACCUCUGGUACCCAGGGUAAGGUGAGACAUGUUUUCGGGAAAACAUUUAGCAUCAUCAAAUUAUUUUGAAGGAAGAGCAGAUGAGCAAUGAAUUUAACUUCUUGAAAGAAGUUGUCUUUGUUUCAGCUGUGUUUGAAUUAUUUCAAUAAUUUAGGAACUGUCUAAGGAAAUCCACAAAAUUGAAAAUGAUGUUGUGGUAUAGUCUCAGUCUAUCUAUCCACCCACACACCCACCCAUCUACAGCUAGCUCUGACCUGCUCACCAUAUGAGUCACCCAUAGCUCAGUGGUACCGGUAUCUGGAAGGUUGUGGGUUUUAUUCCAGUUGAGGUUUUGGAUUUUUUUUUUUAUCAUUUCUUUGUUGUACCUAAUUUUUAUUUUUUGGCAAUCAUUAAGUUAUUGAAAAAAACUUCUUGGAAUUGACAAAAAAUCUUUGUUAACAGAUGCUGUAUGCCUUGAGGAGUGCCAGAAACAGCUGCGAUCACUUUACGAAACCAGUAGCAAAGUCAAAAUCAUUCCAUGGGACCAGAACUCUGCUGUUGAUAUUGAUGAGAUCUACACAGACUUGUCUUGGUUCAAGGAUCACAGGACACCCAGUGGAGUAACACAAAAGGAACUUAACCACUACACUGAGAUUUUUGGCAGUAAAGGCCCUCAUCCUGCGCUAAAGCGAAUUUUGGUUUAUGGACAGCCAGGUAAGUGAGUGAAUUCAGAGUAGGAAUUGUCUUAAUUUAAUUAACAGGAGAAAAAAGUAUUCUCUGUCCUCGCCUGCCUUUAUUACUUUGCAUUCCCAACCAAAACCACCAUGCUAUGCAGGCUAGCGAAAAACAAGAACACAGGCACCCAUUGUUCUACUUGUAUAAUAAUUAUUAAUCCAGCGAUUUAUCAGCUGGUGCAUACGUGAUGUGCAGGUUUCUUGAGUUUUUUGCUCACAUUAUCAACAUUCCAAGUGGGGUAAUUUUUCACCAUACUGUCAAACCCAAUGAAAAGUUUGGUUUGUUGCCAUUGUAAAUAAAUUAAAAGUUUAAACAAAGUUUUUCUGUUAAUCAGUCUGAUAAUAAACAAUGUAUUCAAUUGACUGUAGAGCAAUCAGAACAUACACUGUAGACUCCAGUUAAUGUUGUGAUAAUGGUAAUAAUAUUGUGACUCAAUUAAUCUGAAAUUCAAGUUUAUUAAAUGUAUGCUAAAAGGAUAAACUAAAAAAAAAUCUUCCAAGGAUAAAAUUGUACCACAACCUUCACAAUAGACUAAUGGUCACUGGCAGUUUGGCCCAGUUGCUUGAAAGCCGUAGCACAAACUUGGGGUUAAAUUUUAACCUGGGUUUCUUUUUCUUUUUAACAAAAGCAUUUUCUUGGAUAAUUUUCUCUAUUCUUUUUAGAAUAUCUAAUCAUCAAAUUUUAGAUAAAAAGAUUUAGACUGAAUUUGCUUUUCAAGCUUUCAUUUCUGAAUUCAAAUUUCGCACUAACCGGCCCUGGGUUGAUCUUAACCCAGGUUUGAACAACCUGGCCCUAAUAAUAAUAAUAAUAUUAAUAACUUUAUUUUAGUGUCAAUGUAUUAAGCUUAACAGUUAGCUAAUUGGGGACACUUUCCUAAGUGCUGGCACUAAUCUACUACAUGAUUUUUAAAAAUAGUCUGUGACUUGUACUAUGAAGGAUUCAAUUCCAUUGUCUUUAUGAGAACAAUUUUGAAUAUGUAAAAGAGAUACCAUUAUCGACAAAUGUAACUGUAUGUAAAUGUAUCUAAGAAUUCCAAAAUGCCUCCUUUGAGGCAGGGAAACUUAUUUUUGGUAUAACUUAAUGGAGGCAAAAUGCCACCCUGCCACCCAUUAGUUGCUCUCUCUGCAUUGGUUUAAAAAGUUUAAACAUAAUUCCGUAAAAAAUAAAAUAAAAUAUAUAAAUUCUCCUAAAGUUGUAUGACAAUUAUAUAUUCACAUGUUAAUAUUUUAGAUUCCACUUCACAUGACAUAACAAAUGAUAAAAGUAAACUGGCAAAUCUGUUGAAGACGUAUUGACAGUUUGUUGUUAUUGUCACCUAGGUAUCGGCAAGACUGUUUUCACCAAGAAAGCAACUUUUGACUGGUCCCAGCAGAGAUAUUCAGAAACAUUAGGAGCAUUUGAUCUUGUCCUUCUGGUGAGAUUACGUGACGUUGGUAAUCUCCAAGAUGUUCCGUCCAUUCUGAGGGCUUCUGAAGUGCUGGAUGGUGAUGGUACAAUUUCCGUACACAACCUGUAUGAUUACGUUCGUCGCCAUCAAGAAAAAGUCUUGCUUAUCUUGGACGGCUAUGAUGAGUAUGUUUAUAGUUCAAAAAACGAGUCGCCUGUCCUCAAAAUCUGGAAAAAAAGCAAGUUAAGAGAUUGUUGUGUUGUAAUUACUUCAAGGGAAAUGAAAGCUGAAACGUUGACAAAUUUUAGUGAUGCUCAAUUCAAAAUUGACGGCUUUAAUCGUCAACGUCAAGAAGAGUUCGCUCGUAGAUUUUUGAAAGAUGAUAAAGAUAUUCAAGAGUUUUUUAGGUACUUAUGGCAGCACAACCUAAGGGGACUAGCACAAAUUCCCCUACUGCUCUUAAUGUUGUGCUUGCUCUGGAGGAAAAAAACACGUGAAGAACUACCAAAAGAACGCGCAGACAUCUUCGCCCAGUUCAUGACAACCAUGUUUGAUCACAUGUGUGAAAAAAAGUCUGCUGAAGAAUCGCUUUCUGCCAAAGAUUACUCAGAUGAAUUAUACGCAUUAGGACGCUUGGCCUUUGAAGCCCUUUUGCAAGGCCAGCUUUAUUUCCCUGUUAGUCAGUUACCUGCUGGCUACAGUUCGAUCGAGAGGCUGAGUGAAGUCGGCCUUUUUCAGGUUUUAAAUAUGGCGAGUUUAAAUCGUGAAAAAGGCGUGUACUUUAUUCACAAAUCCGUUCAGGAAUACCUGGCUGGGAAUUUCCUGAAAGAAGAGCUGACAUCUAAAAAGACUGAAAGUACAAAUUCCCUCUUGAAGUUAGACUCAGUUGAAAAGAUCCGAGAGGUGAUUGAGGUUUUAAAAUUUGCAGUUCAGUUGUCAGAAGAAGCCGCGCGCGAGAUCGUGAUUCACCUUGGAAUGAAGAGCGGACUGAAAGAGUUCAAAUUCGACAACGAAACACCGUCACAGGGGGACUUGUCAGAAGAACAAACAUAUUUUAUUAAUCUUUGUAAUGAGUUAUUUUUCUACUGCUCAGCUGAGACAAGAAAAAACCUCUUUCCUACAUUUCUUUCCUCUUUAGGAGGAGUUCUUGUAAUUAAUGCAAAGCAGCUAAAUGUUAUCGUACAGGAAAAAUUAGUUCAAACUACCGAAAAAACACCCAACUACGUUUUUUUUCCUGAUAGAACUAUUAUUAAUAAGUAUACAGAGAAGGACUAUAGUAAUUUAAUCAUUUUAACACAACAAUUAGCAGCAGAAUUUUUAAGCAACUUAACAUGGCGUAGGAUUGAUGAAUUUUUUUUAAAGAAAGAAGAAAACAACACUCACCUUUAUUUAGCUAAAAUUGUUAAAGAUGAACGCAAAGGCAUUCCUUUUCCUUGUGAUAUAAUAAAGGCGCUAAUAAGUAAACAAGAGACAACAAAGAAGACAAAGAUGAAUGGUGAUGAGUCAAGUGAAGAGAGCAGCAGCAGCUGUUGUUCAAAGCGUCAUGGUCUCUCCAGGGUUCGGAGGAUUGAAGCUUGGAUGGUGAACAGGUCAGAAGUGGAACUGAUCAGUGAGAUGAUGCCGUUUAUCACCGCUCCACACGUGAUAUAUGUUUGGGGUGAACACGGUGAAGUGUACGAUGCUGAGGUAACAGAGUCUCUGCUGAGGAGCAUCCAAGUAACACACAAACUGAAGGAAUUAACACUCUGUGAUAUCAAUGUAACAUCAUCACCUGCUGUGGAGUUUAUCAACAAUGUAUUACAAAAAGCACCAAACUUGGAGGAGCUCGACAUGUCAUGCAAUCCUCUUCUGGGUGCAGGAGUAGACAGCGUGAUUAAACAUCUCAGCUGCGCUCCUCACCUGAAGACACUGAAGCUUUGGGAUGUGAAGAUGACUCCACAGCAGGUGAUGGAUCUGACAUCAGCCAUCAAGCAGCACGGCAACAUCACUUAUCUGGAGUCAUACUACCACGUAAGUUUUCCAAUUUUAUCGCAAUUUGUUUCUUUAUUGUUUGUUUACAGUUUAUUUCUACUCAGCUCUUGCCUUUCGCCAUUUUCAUUUCUUUGUCAUUUUUAUACUCGACAAAACACGAGAUUUACUUUUGAAAACAAAUCACAAACUUUAGCAGAUUCAAAGUAUCAUUUCAAAUUCAUUCCUUUCAAUUGAUUAAACUAAAUCCCAAAAAAUGUUUUAACCGAGAACAAGUAAAUUAAUCUGAAGGUGUUUUCACUGUGCAAAAUAAUGGAUCAGCGAGCAGAUAUGAAAUUUCUCUUUGAGUCUGGUUUAACUCGAUGUGAGCUCACUUAACAAACUUGUGAUAUAUGUAUUAACACAAAAAUUCCAUAGUAUUAAUUUCUCAAUCAAUUUUAAUUCAUUACUUUUUAUAAAAUGAUGAAUAACAAGCAUAAAGUCACAAUAUGUUCUGUUCAUGUUCAAUUCAAACAAACAAUUUGCAAAAAUUAAGAGAAAAAAAGUUAACCACUUACAGUUUCACUUUUAUCGAUAAGGUUUUCGUAAAAUCAGCUAAACUCAAGUAAGGUUUCUUUGAGAGUCCAAAAAACGAAGAAGUGUUUUUAGAGCUGUCCUUUUGUUUGAAUGUCCCUUGUGUUUCGGUAAAUGCCUGUCCUCCGGUAAAUAAUCUCACUGUAGCGUAGGUUUUUGAGAUAGCGUUCCACAAAAAAUAUAAUUCCUCUGAGACACUUUGGUUGAAAUUUAACACCAUACAUUUAAUCAUAUGUAAAAGCACUCCUCUAUGGUACUAGCUGUCUAUUUUUGUCGGUUACUUGUUUUCCAGUUUUACGACGAACACAACAAAUCCUGCGUCACUUCGCGUCUUGUAUGAAUGAGUUGAAGUUCAUAAAUGUAGUUUCCUUUAGCUUGCACAAAUCCUUUGUCAAAUUCCUGAGUACAUGAGACGAAUUUUCCUCUUAACUGGCAUUUUACGGUGUUUUCUCAUUCUUUUUGUGUCCAUCUUGAGUAUUUUUGAGUUGAAAGUUUUCUUUGAUGAGCAAACUCAACUGAAGUGAACAACAAACUACAAAAUCAACAAAGUGUCAUUCAAAGUGGCGUGAGAGAAGGCUUGUGACGUAGCGACAGCUGAUUGGUUAUAUAACUACCCACGUGGUAGAAUUUUCCCGCCUUUCGUUUGGCAGCGCAGCAAGCGUUUCUUCAGACGAGACGCAGGUUUUUUUGCGCCUCCCCUCCCAACCCCCACUAAGGAAAAACCGAUCUGUGAGAAUUUUAUUAGACCGAGAAGUUAGUAGAAGAAACAGCGUGAAGAAAGGGCUCCAAGGUUUCAAUAAUUCGCACAUUUUUAGAGUAUGUUAUUUGAUUUUGCUGUUUUGAAAGUCUUGUAUGCAAAUUUUAGAGGUUGAAAAGUAUAAUGUGGUCUUAACAUGUAAGCUGUGAGCACCUUUAGAGGUGCGUCCAAGAAGUCAGAUGUAUUUUUUGUUGGUUUUGUCGUUUUCCCCUAGCGACAUUUACACUAGCGACGGAGUCGGAGUUGGAGUCGUAAGAUCGCUUAUGACCUAGUGAAAAUCAAAAAUCGGAGUCAUAAGCGGAGUAACCUGAGAUCAGGCUCUGUUUUCGUUUCGCUUUGAAAAUUACAUUCGUGCGGGCAAGGCGAUUUUUUUAGUGGUAGCCGUUAGAGAGAAUGCAUGAGAACCGCUAAAAUUGGGCCUGAUCUCAGGUUAUAAGCGGAGUCAUAAGCGCGCCGGAAUCGGAGUCAGAAGAAUUAGAGCAUUUCCAUUUCUUCCGACUCCGCUUACGUUCCGCUUAUGAUCUAGUGAAAACCAGGUUGUCAGAAUCGGAAGCAGAAGCAGAAGGAAAAGCCAAUCCCGAUGCACGGUCUCACGCUUUGUGAUUUGUUUGGUUCUUCCGCUUCUGCUUCCGACUCUGACAAUCUGGUUUUCACUAGAUCAUAAGCGGAAUGUAAGCGGAAUCGGAACGUUGUUUUCACUAGAUCAUAAGCUCUACGCUUUUGAUUACGACUCCGACUCCGACUCCGACUCCGACUCCGACUCUGUUGCUAAUGAAAAGCAGCCUUCAUUUGGAGACACUCACUAGAACGUUUUUUAGGGCUGCUGUACUCGCAAGACCAUUCGGGACGAAAUUACUGUUUAGGGCAUGCGGAUUUUAAGACUUUGAACUAAAAUAAGGUCUCGGAAUGGAUUGCAAAAUGACUAAAAUCUCGUUUAGUCCUAAAUAUAACUAAAUUAAAGAAGAAAAACUUCUUCGUCGCAAGCAGAAAUUUCUACAGUACUACUUUGACUGUGUGUUUUAGAAAUGACCUCUUUUCGGGGUGGAAUCGGCUUGAGCUUUCCUCAUAUUGGUCUCAAAGUUCCAACAGUGAUCAACAUGAAUUUUCUCUUAACAAUACCAAAACAUUAUCAAAAGAAAAGGUUAGAAGAAGUAAUAAACUGACGAACAAAGGAGGAGAAGUACUUUGAUCUUUUAUCAAGUUCUCUCAACUAAUUCUACAAGGCAAUGUAUGGACACUAGUGUGGAGAAUUUGUAUUUGGAUAUUGGGGCUUAAACGGUUAUGGGUGAAAUUCUAGUUUUCCGAUGAGUAUUCACGCCCUCUUUAAAUAGUAGUUAACCCUUGGGGUUAUUUUUACCCUUUAAUUGCUUAUCACUUAAAGAAAGGGUUUAAGAUCUAGACUACACUUUCGAUCUUUUAAACGUUGCUUUAAAAGUUGAAUUGUGUUUGUGUUAUUUUGUGAUUUGUUGUAGAAUCCUGACGGGAACCCCUGGCCUGAACAUUACUGGCCAUCAGAAGACCUUUGGAAAAAGAAGCACCCCAGUCUCUUUUCUCACUCAUCAAAUAAAUCACAGCCGCAAAAGCAACAGGUUGGUCAUCAACUUUGGCAAAAGAAAAUAGGGUACUAUGAUAUUUCCUGGGUUUGGUUAUUUCUUGGGAAAAAAAAGAAAAAAAAACACAUUGCGUUUAAAAAGGUAUGGUUUUUCUUCAGCUUUUCAGGAGUUUACUUAUUAUAAACUGAAACUGAGGGAACAGGAAAUGUGUUUUGUAUCAUAGUAGUUUCAAGCUGUUUUUUUUUUUUUUAGUCGCGAUUUCUUAAAACUGAGACAAAUCAAAACAGUUCAGUUGAAUAUAAGUCUUAUUAACUGUAACAAGUUAUUUCUGUGGUUUUAGGCUCUUUGCUCACUAAGUCAUACCGAAACCGACGGUUCUCGUACAAAGAUGGCUUUUAGUUGUGGAAGUUACUGUCCGAACAAUAUUGCAACGGACUGCAAUCCGUUUCGGAAAUACCUCUGGUUUUGGAAACGACCUGAAGUUUCCUUCAUACGUUUUUUACCGUUUGGGAAGUCGAUUUAAUCGUGCACUUUGAAAAAACUUGCUGAUUUUCGUACGUGAAGUUUUAUACAAACCGGAAGAAAAUGUGGAUCUUUGAGAUGUUUAUUGACUGGCAAAUUUCACCGCUGUAGUGGAGCAUUUUUACGCAUUUUAAGCAAACAUGGAGCUUGAGGCUUGGAUCAAACCAGUCAACAGUAGACUGAGGUUCUGUCUUUGUAACUUUAGUCUUGCUUUCAUUACUAACAGAAGAGUUUCUUUUUGCUCAAUCAUCUUAAUUAUUGGCUUAUUAACUCUUAGCAGUCUUAGCCGUUCAGGUGGUGGAAAGUGUCACUCUCCACUAUUAGAUCCGAAUGCCUGGAACAGGCUCAACAACUCUUUCUUUCUUUUACCACUCGCACAGAUUCCGGCAGCGACUCGCCUCAGUAUUCACGACUCACCAUUCUUCGCUCACGAACAAGACACCGUGGCAACAUUUCCAGCGCCUCCUGAUCCUACUGGUAAGGUUUUUUGUCCGACAGCCCUCCCCCCUUCCCCCAUAGUUUCUUGCCUUGCUAAUAACAGAUGUAACAAAACCUAUUGGCGAUUAACUCCCUGAGCACUAAUAAGACGUUGUACAUUCAGGGUCACCCAACGACAAUUUUCGGAAAAUUAUCUGUUCGGAAGACGAUUUGAGAUCUAGAAUUUUCGGAUCAUUUCCUGUAAAAUUUCUUGCUUGCCUGCCUCUCCUAGGAUUUUCGAACAUCAAAAAAGUGGUAUAAUUGCCCAUUUUUAACGGAUUUUUACCCUAAAAAGGUCACCUAGAAUUUUCGGAAGCCUUUUUUCUGGCUGAAAUUUUCGAAAAGGUAAAUUUUGAUCCCUAUAAUUUUCGGAUCACUAUACUUUCAGCUAGGAAAUCCGAACAGAUGAAAAAUUUUUAGGGGAUAAAAAUAAGCCUUUAUCUACCGUUUUAAUACUAAAUUACGUUCAACAAUGCUAUGUUUAUGUGGUUUUGAACUAUAUUCUUGUUGGGUGCCCCUGUACAUUUAGUUCGUUGUGGGCAAACGUCAGUUUUCUUUCUGAGAUUUCCUUCUUUUUAAAUGAUUGCGGUGUCGACGUGCACCAAGUUGCUGUUGUCACAUCCCGGUCGUACUUUAGGUGAAAGAAAUCGGACUUUCACGAUUAUGUUUAUUUAUUAAUCUGUUUAUAGACCAAAAAGCUACUCUACGUAUUACUAACCGGCUGCCAUAUACAGAAACGAAAGGCAUAUUAAUAAUUAAAACAGUCACUGAGUUUAAAAGGAAAACCUACUCGUUCUCCUGUUCCGAUGUAGACAUUUUCCGGUGUUAUCCAGAGUGGGCGUUGUUUGCACUAAUUAUUUAAAAAUAUGUAGUAAAACAGGGGGGACAUUUUAUUAUUAAGAAAUGAUAAAUGUUCGAGAGGUCUAUCAGUCAGAAAUCAAUGGUUUCCUUUAUACCAUCUUGUGACUUUGGAUCCUUAUUUCUUCUUUUAGUUGAUCCAAUGUUAGCAGAGCGGUCCAUUCCUACAGUGCAUGGAUCCAGUCACGGUCUGACACCUGCUGGACCCUUCAGUGGUAACCCGCUUCAUAACGUUCAGUAUCCACAGCAUUACCCCUCCGCUGAUAUCUACACCUAUCACCGCAGUGCUUCGUCCACUAUCUUUACACCUGGAGGAUCCAUGGGUAACGAUUCUUAUCUUUUCAGAGGUUCUGGCCAGUCUACAGUCACACAGGACGAACCCGAGGUGGGUUGUUUGUCUGUUAAGAUUUUAUUCACGAAAUUGUUUUUAAACAUUGGCUAGGAUUUAUAUUUGCCGAGAGAGAUUUCAUGGGUCAGGCGCCUUCUCAGUAAGCAAUUGUGUUAAUAGUUAUUGAAAUUCGCUGGGCUAUAAACAUGUUAGAACUGGACGUCCAACCCUGUAACUAACCUCUCUAUUAAGCUAAAAACUCUGCCGGUAAGACGGCCACUGGGUGCUGGUCCCUUCUCUGCAGUUUUUUAAUCAUUCUACUGUAACUAAACUCUAUAUACUAGUAAGACAGACACCACUCUGAGACGGACAGUUGGAGUUGGUAUCCAUCUCAGAAAGAGUUAACUUUAGACAGAAAGGGUCAUGCUCAGUAUAUCCAAAGAGUCAGCUGGUUGUUUUCCAGAUCAUACACUUAGUUGAGUGAUCAUAAAACUGUCAAAUGAUUGUUAGCAGGAGAUCACACGUUUACCUUGGUUCCGUACCGAUAUUGAUUAGUCUGUCUUUGGUCCCUUUUUCAGAGGGACAUACUCCUUAGUACUCAGGACGUGCCGUCACACGAUCCUGGAACAGCGAGACCAGUUCCAGUACCUCUCCAUUCUGCUGGUAAGGUUUCCAUCCAUGUUAUAACUAAAACAAAAUUCUGCAAUUUAAAAGGCUAGUAACGCCGUGACUGACUAGAGCACAAGUAAGACAAUGUACAGGACUUUACGUAGUGUUGGAACUUGUAUUAAACGGUCCUGUCUUCCUUACUACAAUACACAGAUACAGGCCCGGGUUUUUUUAACAGUUGGAUAGCGCUAUCCACCAGAAAAAUCACCAACCAGAGUAUAAGUAUUUGAGAAACCGACACCUUUAUGCAUUAGGUAGUGAGAUACCCAGUAAAUAGCACUAUUUACCUUUUGAACUACUGGGGCUGAAGGCACUUUUCUUCUACAAGUCUGUCCUCUAAUAUCUCCAAACUGGACAUUUUCUUGUGUUUACUCAACUCCAGUGGACGUUGCUUUAAUUUCUAAUAUUGUUAAAUAAUCUAAGAAGGCGUACAAUGCUAGAAAAGGAGAAAUCUGCUUGGAGACCUUUAUGUAAACCUGUGGGAUCUUAUUUUUUUUUCUCUCUUAGGAGCUCCCAUUCCUACGUCGCAUUUCUCCAGCCACAGCCUGGCACCCUUCAGUGAACACCCUCACCGUUACAGAGUGUUGGAAUUACCAUUUCAGGCAUGGCAACUGCGAAGUACAUUUCCAGGAUACCCGUAUCCCCGCAGUUCUGGCAUUUCUACAGAUGGUCUUACUCCGGUUCACCCUGGAUAUCUUCCCCUGCGUGGAAUGCAGGAUCUACCUCAACAGAGAGUUCAGCCCCAAAAUACAACGCCGUGUUAUUUAAAUCUCGAAGGUUCCGCAGUCAGUUACCCGCAAGAAAUCCCGGGAUUUCUUCCCCCACAUGGAAUGCAAGGAGCGCGUCUUCAUGGAUUGCAACCACAAAGUACGAUGUCAGAUGAUCCAUAUCUCAUUGCUCCUGGCGAAUCAACCCAUACCCACUCCACAGUUAAUUUGGAAAGUCUCCUCCCUCAUGGAACGCUGAGAUCCCCGCAGUAUGGAUUUCAUUCGCAAAGUGCAAGUCCAAGUUAUCCGCAUCUUCAAUUUAGUGGUCCUGUUACGUCUUCAGUUACGCAACCGCCAGUAAUCCCCGGAUAUUCUUAUCCGUACGGAAACCGCAUGAGAGCCCCACAACAGGCAACGCAACCGCAAAGUGCAAGUUCAGGUGAUCUGCAUAUUAGUGGUCCUGUUACGUCUUCAGUCGCGCACCCGCCAGUAAUCCCCGGAUAUUCUUACCCGUACGGAAACCGCAUGAGGGCCCCCCUGCAGACACCGCAGCCGCAAAGUACAAGUUCAGGUGAUCCGUAUCUUAGUGGUCCAAUGUCUUCCGUCAUACACCGGCCAGUAAUCCCCGGAUAUUCUUCCUAUCCCUACGGAAACUACAUGAGAGCCCCGCUGCUGGUACCGCCACCGCAAAGUGCAAGUCCAGGUGAUCCGCUUCUUAGUGGUCCAAUGUCUUCCGUCAUGCACCCGCCAGUAAUCCCCGGAUAUUCUUCCUAUCCCUACGGAAACUACAUGAGAGCCCCGCUGCUGGCACCGCAACCGCAAAGUGCAAGUCCAGGUGAUCCGCAUCUUAGUGGUCCAAUGUCUUCCGUCAUGCACCCGUCAGUAAUCCCCGACUUUCUUUCUCCGCGCGGAAUACUAAGUUCACCACCUUCUGGUACACAGAGAGGAAGUCCAGAAGUUCAACACUAA